AUGCCGUCUAUGCUUCAUCGGAGAAACCGCAAUUUCAAGGGCCUGUUGCUAAAGGACACCCAGCCUCCAGAGCCACCACCACCUGAUGAGCGAGCUGCGCCUUUCGCACGAUUUAUACAAUCUGAUGGCAGCUCCUGCUCAUUGCAUACUCCUUCCGAGCAGCGCUCUAGAUCGUCCCUAGAAGAGGCCACUACUUCUCCGGGUAACGUCGGUGGAUUGAGUUCCUCUACUUCUUCCUUGCCUCAUUCACACGAUGCUGUAACCCAGCGAAUGAACAACCUGGAUCUUGGUCCAGGUCAACUGCCCCGCCUGGAUCUCAGUGCGUCUAAUCUUCGCACUUUGGCAGAUCUGGGUGCUGGAAAUGGGGGCACGGUGACCAAGGUACUGCAUAUACCCACUGGCAUAUUGAUGGCGAAAAAAGUCAACUUUAUUGAUGCGAAACCAGAAGUGCGUAAGCAAAUUCUGCGUGAGCUCCAGAUUCUCCACGAAUGUCGCUCUGAAUACAUCGUUGGGUUCUAUGGCGCCUCGCUCAGUGAUGUUCAUAUUUUCAUGUGCAUGGAAUACAUGGAUAUGGGAUCACUGGAUACCAUCUAUCAAAAGCACGGCCCCAUUGACGUGAAUAUCUGCGGAAAAAUUGUAUACACCGUCGUCCAUGGCCUUUCAUACCUAUAUGAAAAAUUCCGGAUCAUCCAUCGUGAUGUAAAGCCAAGCAAUAUCCUGGUGAACCGUCAAGGCCAAAUCAAGCUUUGUGAUUUUGGUGUAUCUGGUGAGCUCAUUAAUAGCAUGGCAGACACAUUUGUUGGGACGAGCACUUACAUGAGUCCUGAGCGGAUCCAAGGUGACCAAUACAGCAUAAAGUCCGAUGUAUGGUCCCUGGGUGUCACUGUUAUUGAAAUUGCGCAUGGUUGCUUCCCAUUUGCCAUUGAAACGGAAGAUGAUCCUGAUGCCACUACACAUGCUGCUCCUAGAGGCGUACAGGAUGUGCGUUCUCUUUCUAUUCUCGAACUACUGCAGCAUAUUGUGCAUGAGCCUCCACCCAAACUGAAUCCAGAUGCAGACUUCCCGCCUGAUAUGAUCAAUUUUGUGACAGUAUGCUUGUGUAAAGAUCCGGUCAAGCGGCCCACCCCUAUGGAGCUCCGGAACCAUCCUUUUGUACUUCAAGGACAAAGGUGUGAUGUAAAUAUGGUGGAAUGGGUUAUGAGCCUGUCUUCCUCGAAAGAGUAA